GAAAGCAACCAAAAAGACUUCUCGUUCCAACCGCCCAGGCGUAGAGUCGAAGUUUGAAGUUUCUUCAGGCACCAAACCCCCGCAUCCACACAGAUCCAAACCCAAAACCCCUUCUCUCUGUAUCUUCUCCCUUCUCCCAACCGUCUUCGCCUUCUUAAUUCUUCCCUCCUCUUGCAUUUCUUUGUUCCUUUCUUCCCUGUUUGAUUUCCCGUCAUUAAUUUCUCGCGCGCUCUCUUCAUCUUCUCAGGUACGUCGCUCUGUGAAAUUAUGCAGUUGUUGCAAUGAUCGAUGUUUCGUGUUUGAUUUUGGGUACUUGUGUUGUGGGAAGUUCUGGAAGAAAAUGAGGCUUUGAAGAGGCCGACGGGUCUUUGGAGAUGAAAAGACGGUGAUCAAUUUCACUAUUAAGGCGGGCUUAAAAUCAUUAAUGUAAAAAGUUUUACUGAAAAAUGAAGAAAUGGUCUGGAGGUGUUUUGGUCACAUUCUUGUUUAUGGUGCUAGUCCUGAGGUAUGGUGUGGUGAAGAAUCCCAUUAGGGAAAGUUCAUUUUCAAGUCCCAUCCCCUUCAACAAAACUAAUCCUCUUGAAUGGAUUCGAGAUGAGGCUCCUCCUGAUCUUCAAAAUCCAAGAACUGCCAAUCAAGUGAUGUCUGCUGAAGCAUUGGUUUCAACUCUCUUUUUGCAAAGGAACCUCUCUGAUGAAUUGCAAAGUGCUUUGCGGACAUGGAAUCAUAUGAAAAAGUUGAUUAACUAUUCCCAAGGUUUACCUAAUGCGUUAAAGGCUAUUAGUGAAGCUGCAGUUGCAUGGGAGAGCCUUGUAGAUUCCAUUGAGAAGAAAAGUCUGGGUGAUACAAACCACAGUUCACUUCAUGAAGCAAAGGAGAAACAAUGCCCUUAUUUUCUUAACAAAAUGAACGCCUCAGAAUUUGAUAACAGCAUUUAUAGGUUAAGAAUACCAUGUGGUCUGAUUCAGGGUUCUGCCAUCACUAUCAUUGGCCUUCCAAAAGGCAUUCUUGGUGAUUUCCGGAUUGAUUUAACAGGGGAACCCCUUCCUGGGGAGCCUGACCCCCCCAUUAUAUUGCACUACAAUGUCCGACUUCAUGGUGAUAAAAUAACUGAGGAUCCUGUAAUUGUGCAAAACACAUGGACUGCUACUCGUGAUUGGGGUGAAGAGGAGAGGUGCCCCUGUCCAGCUGGUGUCAAUAUUAAUAAAGUGGAUGAGUUGGUGCGGUGCAAUGAGAUAGUUGGUAAAGAUGAUAGUCAAAUGUUCAUGGCUCAUAGAUCUUCAAAUAUUUCAAUGUGGCCACCAAGGGCAGCGCGCAACAAGUCUAAAGGCAGACAAUAUUUUCCAUUCAAGCAAGGCUAUUUAUCUGUAAUGACACUCAGAGUAGGAGAUGAAGGAAUUCAGAUGACAGUCGAUGGAAAGCACAUAACAUCCUUUGCUUACCGCGAAAGUUUGGAGCCAUGGCUUGUCAGUGAAGUAAGGAUUUCUGGGGAUGUGAAAUUGAUUUCUGUUCUGGCUAGUGGUUUACCCACAUCAGAGGAUUCAGAGCACAUUGUUGAUUUAGAAGCACUAAAAUCUAUUCCUCUUCCAACUCACAAACCAUUGGAUCUCUUUGUUGGUGUCUUUUCUACCACAAAUAAUUUUAAGCGUAGGAUGGCUGUUCGGAGAACCUGGAUGCAGUAUGCUUCAGUGAGAUCGGGAUUGGUUGCAGUGCGCUUUUUUGUUGGUCUGCAUAAAAAUCAGAUUGUGAAUGAGGAACUCUUGAAAGAGGUGCAUACUUAUGGAGACAUCCAACUGAUGCCUUUUGUUGACUAUUACAGUCUUAUUACCUGGAAGACUCUAGCGAUAUGCAUCUUUGGGACACAGAUUGUUUCAGCAAAUUAUGUUAUGAAGACAGAUGAUGAUGCAUUUGUUCGCAUAGAUGAAGUUGUAGCUUCUUUAAAUAGGACCCAUGCCACACAUGGAUUGUUGUAUGGUCUCAUCAACUCCAAUGCCCACCCUCAUAGAAGUCCCAGCAGUAAAUGGUAUAUCAGUCAUGAGGAAUGGGCUGAAGAAACUUACCCACCCUGGGCACAUGGCCCCGGUUAUGUUAUUUCACAUGACAUAGCGAAGGCAGUUUACAAAAAGCACCAAAGAGGUCGUUUAAAGAUGUUCAAACUGGAGGAUGUAGCAAUGGGAAUUUGGAUAGCAGAGAUGAAGAAAGGGGGUUUGAAGGUUAGUUAUGUAAAGGAGGAGCGGGUCUACAAUGAGGGCUGCACAGACGGGUUUGUUGUUGCUCACUACCAAAGCCCUAGGGAGAUGCUCUGCCUGUGGCAGAAGCUACAAGAAGGAAGUGAGGCUAAAUGCUGUGGGGAUCGAUGAUGAGCUGGACCAUCUAGCUUAACUGGGUGCUUGGUUCUGAAGCCCAACUAAAUCGAGGUUUAGAAAAAAGUAUUGCACCAAGUUGAUGGAGGUUGUGGAUUCGUUUCCUACUCCAGCACCAAGGGGCAUUUUAACUCACAGUUAAACAACAAAUGGUUCACUGAGAUGCUUUGGGUUUUACACUUAUAGAAGGAUUUGUACAAUUUGUAGGUUUUUCUUAUUUUUAAGAGAGAGGGAGAGAUAAAGAGAGAAAAAAAUGAUUGUAUGUUGUCAUCCAUGGGAAGCUAAAGCAAAUAUCAUCUUUACAUUCUUUCA